GGGACAAGCCGCAGACUCAAGCUGCACUUGGGUUACUCAAGCCCCUACCCAUUCCUGCUGGUCCGGGACAGAGUAAUUCUAUGGAUUUCAUGGAUACCCUCGUGACCAGCAAGAGUGGCAAGAGGCAUAUUUUCGUUUUAGUUGAUAGGUUAACUAAGUUCACUAGACUAAUCGCCAUGCAAGAGGCCGCAAGGUCUGAGCACGUCAUCAAGUUAUUCAUGGAUAACUGGGUGCGUGACUUUGGACUGCCAAAGACUAUCGUUACUGACAGAGAUGUCUAUUUCACAAGUGAAAUCUGGAAGAAGGCUACAGAACAGAUGGGCAGCCAACUCCAUGUGACUUCUGGGAAUCAUCCCGAAGCCAACGGGCAAGCUGAACAGAUGAACCGAGUGGUGCAGCAUGUGCUGAGGCAUUACAUAACGCCGAACCAAGAUGACUGGGAUGAGAAGUUACGUCUCAUCCCCAGCCUGUACAACAAUGUUGUGCACGGCACCACCGGUAUCAGUCCAAAUCAGCUGCACCUGAGGUGGAAGCCUAGAUCUGCUCUAGACUUCCUCUUGCUUGAAAACCGAUCUGCUGCAACUCCUCGAACCAUUGAAUUUGGAGUCCAGUAUGAGAAGUUGCUGCAGCAAGUUGUCAAACACAUCAAUAAAUCUCAAGAAGCAAUCACUGCUUCUGAGAACAAACAUGGCAGUCCACAUUUCAGGUGUGAGGCUGCCUUCGAACAUAUGAAGAAUGCGUUGACACACCAUGAGGUCUUGAAACUUCCUGAUCCUGAUAAACCUUCUGUAGUAACUACGGAUGCCAGCCAAUAUGGCAUAGGCGCCGUACUUGUGCAGCAGGAGGGGAAGAAGUUGAGGUCAGUAGAGUACAUUUCCAAAAAGAUGCCCUCUCAGAAGUUGGCUACAUCCACCUAUGAGAAGGAGCUAUAUGCGGUCCACAAGGCGCUCACCCAUUGGAGGCACUAUCUCCUUGGGAGGUUCUUCUACGUCAGGACUGAUCAUCAGACCCUGAAGUGGGUGAGGACCCAGCCUAUGCUCUCCAAUGCACUGAAACGCUGGAUCGAAGUCAUUGGGCAGUAUGACUUCGAGCCCCAGUACAUCAAAGCGCUCACGCGCUCACGGGCGAGCUGGAAGGAGCAGGCAGCCAUAGCCGAGCUAUGCUGCUGUAUGCUGGAUGGGCGCAUGGUGGUCCUGGGUGCAAGUGGCAUUUGUGAGUUGGGGAAUGAGGUUGACGCAGAGCCGUCCGCCGGUCGCGGAGGAUCCCGUGGAUUUGGAGCCGGAUCAGCAGAGGGGGAGGGUGGUCAUGACACACCUUCGUCGCAGGCAGAUUACAAGGCAGGUCCAACGCCGGAGGUAGGGAGCGGCAUUGGUUUGGGAUCAACCUCCAUAGGGAACAUAGCAGCCCGCACUUGCACGGAUGAUGAGAUGCCAUCAAUGAUUGCCGAGCACUUGCGGGGUCCCGUCUUGGCUUCCGCUCGCCCAUCACGACCUCCCUCGACCGGUGCAAGGCGGCAGCAGACAUCCAUGGUCGCUUUUGUCGUUCAUGACCUCCAGAAAGAGUUUGACCAGGCGAUCGCCUCAUUCUUCUUCGCGAACACUACUGCAUUCAAUGCUGCAAGAUCAGACUCCUAUAAGAACAUGGAGAGGAUCAUGAACGAGGCGGCCAGGUCGCGGAAGAUGUUGAAACUGUCAGGGUACAACUUCUUGAGGACGAAGGCACUCCCCGCGGAGCCUCACUUUGAUGACAGACGGUACUACAACGACCAGCAACAGGCCGGUCAUAAACUCCAUUGCGGCCGGGGAUUCGGGGCUCUCAUGGUGAAGAGUGUCGAUAUGGAGGGGAAGGACAAGUCGGCUCCGGCUUUGGCAAGGAUGUGGGAGGAGGUCAUCAGGGAGUUGUGGGUGCAUAGGGUCAAUGCCAUAUGCACCGACUCGGCACAGGUGAACAUAUCCAUAAGGAAAAUACUAGCUGACCACGCCGACUCGGCGAUGAGGAGCAUUCCUUGGGUGCCAUGUGCAUGCCAUGUGUUCAACCUGCUCAUGUGCGACAUCGCUUUAGUGCCAUGGACUGGAGAGGUGAUUCUACAGGGCAGGGAGAUCACCACGUUCAUCAAGAGACAUCAGAGAGCAUUGGCGAUGUUCAGGAGGGCCGGGGGGGAGUAUAAGACACAAUUGGGCAUCAAAGACGGUAGGCCGUUGGAAUUGAUCCAACCAAGGGAAACUAGAUUUGGCCCAAACUUCGUCAUGCUGCAGAGACUACGGGAGGUGGACGCAGUGUUGUUGGCGACAGUGUCCCAUGCGUGCUGGGAUGAUUCCCCAUGGGACCGGACUGCAGCGUCAAGGGCGCGAGCAUGCAAGGAUCUCAUACGAGACCCGGCUUGGUGGUUGGCCGUCAAGGGACAUGGACAAAGACAGGAGGAUGGGGAUGCAGGUGUGGUCUUUGGGGAUCACGUUGGAGAAGAGGAUGGUUGUUUUGCCCACGUUGUGAUGAAGAAGGUAAAGGGGCGUGUGCGGAUGAUGGCUCUCCCUGUGCACGCAGCAGCAUGGAUGUUGCACCCACUCCACAGGUCGCCUAGAUUAUUCGACAACUUGGAGUUUGUGGAGAUCAUGAACACUCUGGCGCACUUUGCUGCGGUUUACACCAAAAAUUCGAGGGAGUACAAAGAGUGUUGGAGGUCCUUGGAAAGUUUCCAUCACAAAACUCCGGAGUGGAUUCAGCCGAACUCAGAGGAGGCUUUGGCAUGCACUCAUGUUUCACCGGCGCAAUGGUGGUUGACAUAUGGGAAGAAUCACAAGUCGUUGCAGAAGAUUGUAGUCGCUGUGCUCAGCAUGUGGACAACCGCCUCUCCAUGCGAGAGGAAUUGGUCCACCUUCGACCUCAUUCACACAAACAGGAGAAAUCUAUUGAGCCUGGAGACGCGUGACCACAUCACGAUGCCAGAGGAGGGUGUUCGUUCACGACGUCGGACUUCCAUAUUAGGCGUUGCAACUUCCGUGCAGGGGACCGCCUCACUCUUGGGAGCACAGCUCACUCGUCAUCGGCGACCAACUCUCGAGGAGGCAGGCACUGCUCGUGGGACCACACCCGGUGGGUCGGCGCAUGUCCCCCUUGACAGUGAUGCGAUGGAGGCAGAUACGUCUGUUGGUGCAGACAUGGACGGCCCCAUUGUCGUUGCUCCGGCGGAGGCUGAUGCGGUAAUUGAUGCGCAAGGGGAUGAUCCAGUUGGUGAGCAUGGGGAUAAUCCAGCCAGUGCCACUGCUACGGAUGGUGUUGUCAGUGCAGUUGACGAUGGUGUUGUUGGUGCCGACACGGGGACCGACAAUGGUCCCAUUGCGAGCAGCGAUGGGUUCUCCACUCCGGAUCCGAGGUUGCGAUUGGGGGAGAGAUUCGCCUCCCUGUUGUAGCACGUGGCCCCUAUUGCCCCGCGUGGCUCUGCACAAGACUUUUGUAAGCACCUGGCUUCGGUGUUCCCGAUGCACACUGAUGACGAGUCUAACACCCCUGAUUGGGCCAGAUUCAGCGGACCAACCCCGCCCACUCUUCGGUUGAACGAGGACAUUCCACUGGUCGUUGGGGAGGGCACACACACCCAAAUUUACAGGCGGAGGCCAACUCCAGUCCAGGAAGGUGGAGCGACCCCACCACAUGACAUGAAUGCACACCGUGCAACGGUGUCACCGCCCGACAUUGACGAGAGCAAGGUGCACCGAGUGAACAGUUUGGCGGGCGGAAAGAAGGGAGGGAAGAACAAGGAAAAGGAGGCAGCGGCACCCAAGACAAGAGGUGAAAGAAGGAAUGAACGCAAGACUGUCAC